GAGAUUCAUGAUGGUUUGGACUUCUCUGCAGUUGGGGAUGAGAAUGCUUUCGGAAUAUUUUCAGUAAAAUUUUCAAGCGAUGGUCGGGAACUUAUUGCUGGAAGCAGUUAUGACUCCAUCCAUAUUUAUGAUCUUGAAGCAAACAGAUUGAAAUCACGUUUUGAAGCACACUUGUAUGAUGUGAACACAGUGACCUUCGCUGAUGAAACUGGUAAUGUCAUAUAUUCAGGUGGUGAUGAUAGUAUCUGUAAGGUUUGGGACAGGCGUUGCUCUAAUUCAGAUAGCAAAGCAGCAGGAGCCUUAUCAGGUCAUAUAGAAGGAAUUACAUAUAUUGACAGCCGCGGAGAUGGCCGGUACUUCAUUUCAAAUGGCAAAGAUCAGACUAUAAAAUUGUGGGAUGUCCGCAAAAUGACCUCCAAACCUGAAUACUUCAAGCGAAAAGGUUCUUAUUGGGACUAUAGAAACAUGGCAUACCCAUCGAAAGCAAGGAAUUUGAAACACCCAAGAGAUCAGUCUAUUGCCACUUAUAGAGGUCAUAGAGUAUUAUGUACUUUGAUACGAUGCCACUUUUCUCCUGCCCACAACACUGGUCAGAAGUAUAUUUAUACAGGAUCCCAUGAUGGAUGCGUAUACAUUUAUGAAGUGAUCACUGGAGCCCAAGUUGCUAAACUUGACCUUCGUGGCUCUACGGUGAGAGACUGUAGCUGGCACCCUUACUAUCCUAUACUUGUGAGCUCCUCUUGGGACUGCAUUGUUGCUAGAUGGGAAUUCCCUGGAACAGAUUCCAACCCUAUCUCAACAAAGAAGAGGAAGCUGCGUCGGUAAAUCAAGGGAGAGCAGCAGCUUUCCUGCUAUAUACUCAGCAUUAUUUGUUCUUGUAGUCUAAUACUAUUUAAAUGCAAGAACUUCAUAUUCGAGCAUUAAUCGGCAGGAGCAAAUCCAAUGCUAUCUGCUGUUUGAUUAGAAGCAUGCUGUACAUAUUGUGUUUUUGAAUUAUUUUUUAGUACAUAGAUAGAUGUUUCUAUGUUUUGGUUA